AUGUUCAAGCUCACACUUCAAGGUCACACUUCAAGGUCACAUUUCAAGGUCACACAUCAAUGUCGCUCGGAAACUCAAGGUCACACUUCAAGGUCACUCGAAAACUCAAGGCCAAGUUUCAAGGUCGCAUUUCAAGGUUGGCACCGAAGGUCAGCUCUCAAGGUCGUUUGGCACCGAAGGUCGGCGCUCAAGGGCGUCCCAGAACAUACAAACCCUAUCUACUCAGCAUCAUCCACUAAAAAAUUUUGAAUAACAAGGGGUAUCGAGUAAUAGCUUGUUUGAAAGGUCUUUCGGAAUCCUUCAUUCUGACAUUUGAUUUUUUUAAUGGGUUGACUCGUUUUCAAGAAAAUUAGAAAAACCUUUAUUUAUCUCAAUUUGCUCAGAUAGAAAACAUAAAAAUACACGGAAAUAUCACUUUUUAUUGCAAUAAGUGUUCAAAAUGUUGCCCGUUAUUGGCCAAGCGAUGUUCAAAUUCCUGAGAGACAUUUUCAACAACACGUUGUGUGUUCAUCCAACUUUCAGGUUUUGGAAGUAAACACAAUAGACUUCAAAUGGCCCCAUAGAAAAAAGUCUAAUGUCGUCAAGUCGGGAGCUCUAGCAGGCGAUUCUAUAGGCCCUAUCCGCCCUAUCCAGUUAUCUGGAAACUCGUCGUCUAGCCAUUGCCUAACCGGAAGAACAUAGUGAGGAGGAUGGAAAUAUAUUUCAGCCUCAUCAAGUAUCGGGUUUCCAUCCUCUUCGAUUUGGUUGACAAUGGUUUCAGUGAUAAACGGAUUGAUGGUAUUUUACAACAUAUCAAAAUAAAUGUCUCCGUUCAAAUUUCCAUUAAGAGACAAUGGCCCAAUCACUUUGUUUCCUAAAGUGCUUGCCCAUACAUUAAUUUUGGGGGUACCGGGUAUGCCCUUCUACAAAAGCAUGAAGACUUUCAUUGCUCCAAUGCCUGCAAUUAUGCUUAUUAACAAAUCCAUUUAGAUAAAAUGUGCAUUCAUCACUGAAACAGAUAUUCUUUACAUGAAUGGUAUUAUCAUUAUUCGCUCAGUCAUUUGUUCACAAAACCCAACUCGCCUAUCGGCAUCAUCUCUUUCAAUAUUUCCAUUGUGAAUGGAUGAAAUUUAUAGAGCUUAGUAACUAUGUGUAUCGAGCCUAAAGAAAUACCAGACGCAGCAACAGUUUUGCGUAAUGAUGUAUAAGUAUUUAUUUAAAAUGUUUAAGGAAAUGUCCCUAGGGCCGAGGGUGAAAGGGGGUGAAGUUGUUUUUGGUUAAAAAGUUGUCCGCAUUGACAAAUCUUUUGUCGUGGCGUUAUCUCUUUUAACCAGUGGUUUUUGAUAAAUCUGUAGCGGGUAGUUUUCAAAUGAACACCCUGUAUAUACAAAUUAGUGAGCUCGAUAACCUUAUUCAAGGAAGAUAAUAAAAGAUUUAUAUUUAUGA